ACUUGUUUUUAUACCCCGUCCGAUCUGACCCCCUUUCAGUAAUAUUACAACUGCUUUUAUUGCAACUCCUUGUAAAAGACAGAAAGAGCGAAUAUUGCAAAAACACCAAGUUAUUAAGUCUGUGAUACUACAAUCAAAGAUCAACUGGUAAUUAUUAGUAUUUGAAGAAGUAAAAGUACAAAUUUCUUGAAGUUAAGGAGGUGAAAUUGGAGAAAGAUGGCAACUGUAGGAAGGAACACAGCAGGACCGUUGUUGUUCUUGAACUUGGUUUUGUAUAUUAUUAUUUUGGGGUUUGCUAGUUGGUGCCUUAACAAGUAUAUCAACUUUUCUACUCGUCAUCCUGGAUUGGGAGGCAACGGAGCAACACCUUUUUUCCUGAUUCUGGCAAUCUUGGCUGGUGUUAUUGGGGUUAUCUCCAAGUUGGCAGGAGCAAGCCACAUUAGGGCAUGGAGGAAUGACAGUCUUGCUGCUGCUGGAUCUUCGUCAUUGGUUGCAUGGGCCAUCACUGCCCUCGCCAUGGGAUUAGCUUGCAAAGAAAUCAAUAUAGGAGGUUGGAGAGGGUGGAGGCUCAGAGUGCUGGAAGGCUUUAUAAUAGUAACUACAGUCUUUGAGCUGUUGUAUGUGUUAAUCCUUCAUGCUGGUCUGUUCAGUAGUCGAUAUGGCCCUGGGUAUAGGGAGCACGAGUACGGCAUGGGCACUCAAGGCACUGCAGUUGAUCCGAAAGGAACGACGACAGCUAGGGUUUGAGAUAAUCACUCAAUAUAACAACUGUAGAUGUAAUCAUGUUCAAAUAAUAGACUGGUUCUAUAGUGUGGAAAACAUGCAUGAUCUAAGAUUCUAGCUAGUGUUUUCUUUUAGAUAUCUUUUGGAAAGAAAGACAAGGAUUAUGUAUGUUAUGUUUUUAUGUUAAUAGCUGUAGUCGUCUUGUAUUUACUCAUAUAGGUCUUUGUUGAUCUGUUUGUAAGGAUCUUUGAUGUUCCUGAGACAGUUCUGAAGUUGUCUCAUUAUUACUGAUUCCACAGUUCUUUUCA